AUGGCCGACACUCAGGAGCCCAAGGUCGAUGUGGCUGCCCAGCCCGCUCAGGACGCGGAACAGACAGCAGAGGCGGUAGAGGCCACAAAGGGCACCUUCGAAAAGGAGGCAGAGCCGUCUUCCCCUGGCGACACCAAAGACAGUUCUGCUGCAUCAAAGGACGACCCUUCUCCCCCACGCCGCCCACUCACACGCUCUCAGACCGGUACCGUGCCUAAGCGCCGGUCGCGCGAUGACUCAGACGCUGUAGCUGAACAGCCGAAAAAGCGUGCCUCUGUGUCGCGCAAAAGGCAGAAGACCGCAUCGGCGCCGGCGGAGGACAGAGUCGAACCGCAACCACAGGACUCUGCGUCCGUGUCAAGUCCCCAGCCGCCCUCUACGCGAGAGGUUUCACUGCCCGCGUCGACCGCUAGCGCGCCUCAGGCUUCUGGCGCGAAUCAGAUCACCUUCUAUCAUACACCGUCCACGUCUGAGGACCAAGCCGACUGUCGUUUGCCCCGCUCUCGGGCAUCUCUUCCCACUCCUAUUCCCAAUCUUACGAAAAAGAGCCGUGGCCGGCGUGUCCCCACCCAGGAUUCAGGCAAUACUGAUCCGGAGAAGAAGGACGAUAGGCUUUAUGUUUGCACUGUCGAUGGGUGUGGGAAAUGUUUUCACCGGGGUGAGCACCUUAAACGGCACAUUCGCUCCAUUCACACCCACGAGAAACCAUUCAAAUGCACAUUCCCUCUGUGCCAAAAGUAUUUCAACCGACACGAUAAUUUGUUACAGCAUCUCAAGGUUCAUAGGGACCCAGCGCCCAAGGAACCUGUUGCUCAACCUCCCCCCACUGCCCCCGUGCACCGACACGCGUCCACAUCCACCUCUUCGCCCCAUCCUCGUCAUCACCACCAGCGCUCGUAUUCGCCCGUCGAGGAACCGGAAUCGCCGAUAGCGCCCGCUGAACCUCGCACGAUCUACAACGCAUUCCCAAGGACAACCUACUCCACACCUUACCCGACGUCAAACAUUGCAUUUAGUUCCAACAACGACUCGAUCAAUCUUCUCGCGAGUAUGGCGGUGUCGUCCCUCCGCACAGAGCUUCCUCAAUCGCCUAUCGAGUCGCGCGGCAGCGCGUUGCGUUCAAGUCUGUAUUGA